GUGGCGAUCCAAUCCGAGAGGACUAGCCGCUGGUGUGUAGUAGUACUAGCGAGUUCUUCCUCGGCGAGUUGGCGGCGUAGAGGGAACGAGAAGAGGCGAGUUCUUGACCCUUCCACCGUUGCGCGCUUCGUCUGAGUUUUGCGCCUCUCCUCGAGACCGGCAUGGAUGCAAAGAACUUAGGCAACAGACGACAAAAUCAUGAGAAGAGUACAAUGACAGAAGAUGCACGGAGCCGAGAUCAGGAGACCUUGCAGCGGUUUGCAGAUUCAGAUAUUACUGUGAGUCCAGUCAACAGUCAUGAAUCUGGAGAUGUGAACAUGGAAGCUGCCAUCUCUGCUGAGGAUGUCUUGCGAGCUGGUGGUUUCGGAGCAAAAGAUGACAUCGGCAGCCUCCUUCCCACAGCCGUAGAUUCGACUGAUUUCGAGGCCUCGCUACGGGAUGCUCGCGACUUUGAAGGCGAGAGUGAAAAACCAUCGCAUCCUGGACUAGGAUACAAAGCAAAUGAAACUGACAGUGGAGGCAAACCAUCAGAUGUGCAGCAGCAGCAGCAGCAGCAGUGAUCCUUAGUGUUCUCUUCUCCUCCAUGCAAUUUUAGCUUUGGAUAACAUGACAUUCGCCGCGUUCCUCUAGUGCUCCGAAGACCUAUCCUGUUCUGACUUUGUGCUAAGGUAUGUGGCAUUUCUGUUGUUUCCCUGAUGUACCAUGUAUGAACGUGACCAUGAUGAUUCUGCUGUAUGAACCAGAUCGUUUCACCUUGUAUACCUAAGUAUUAGUGGUAGUAGUUUGUGCCAGUUUUUUCA